GAAGGAGAUAGAGCUCAACGCUCAGUACUCAGUGACAGACCUCACUCGACUCACCGUAUUGGUAUCACAAUUGCAUGCACAUGCACGCCUCCGUCCAACUCCAAACGUGAUUGCGUCCCGGCAUACAAUCGAAUUGCCCCGCUUAACGAUCACGGGGUAUUGCCUUCUUCCUAAAUUUAGCUGGAGUCGUCUUGCAAAGUCACCGUGACAAUAAUAGUCUCGCCGGGUUCGCCAUAAUUUUGAUCCAACAUCACGAACUCAAUCUGCUACGUAUGUGGGCAGUGUGGAAGCAUUGAAUGAAGCACUAUGUCAGCCGUAGCGAUGUCAGUGGAGUGUACUUCCGCACUGCAGCAAUGCUUCUCAAAUGAGUCAAGUGACCCUCUGACAUCGGAACAGCUUAUCUACCAAGGCGCUCUCCCUUCUCCGCCUUACAAUUGUGUCCAACAGACACAUAUCAUCUCUUCUGAUGGUCUCGUUUGCAACUCGGUCGGUGUCUAUGUUGCGACCUCCUCCCCAUUAACUCAACAUCCCUCCUCUCGUGACGCGUUCGCAAGCCCAAGUGCAAAUAAAAAUGUGGCAGCCAUCGAGUUUGCUGCGUUCGCAAACGGCCCCACCCAUCGAGACGUGGUGGUCGUCACCAACAAUUACACUGGCAAUCGACUGAAGGUUGUGAGCGUGCUAAAUGCGGACGACGUUUUGCCUGUGCACCAGGCCAAUCAAGAUACGAAGGCUGUCCUUGAUGCCUAUACAACGCCCGGUGGCAAAGGGGCCAGUCGCCCCAGUCCCACACGUUCACAUGCCGAGUGCCUUGGUGACAUGCUGGUUGCGCACUUGCAUAGCAUUGGUAUUGCAGUUGGACAUUGUCAUGUUCCUGGACACGAACUUCAUCCAGGUCUUAGUUUAGGCAUCAUUUACACACACCGACAUUCGGUAAUGCUCUUCAAUUUCACUGCCAAUUCUUUUCAACUGGUUGCCGAUGGCCACGUUGAGGUAGGACUCGGUUUAUACAUUGAACCGGGCGUCCGCCGUGCACCGUUGGCUCGCUACCGGGAUGUUGUGCCUGGUGGGUUAUAUGGCGGAGAAUGGAGCAGAGCAGAGAUCUACGCACGAUAUUCAAACAAUCUUGACGGUGUAUCGCAACUUGAAAUUGGAGCAGUAGUAGAAGAAGUUAGGCGCGUUCUUGCGUUGCAAAAGAUUGUUCCGUCUCGUGUUUACUGCGUUCCAUUUAUGACCUCGUUGAGCGUGCCUGGAUUCUCAAUCUCCACUACGAGCGUAUCUAUGAUUCACGAACUUAUCGAUUCAACUUCCAUCUGCAUGGCCAGGAAAUGCUGAGGGACUACAUGUCGCUGCAGGCAACAGCGAAGACGAUGUAACCGACUUGCUGACGCUCCGAGUCCUGAAUGCUCCAACUGAUGCCCAUUCCUGGCUUUGUGUACACUCCUGGCCGGCUGUCAGAGCCACCUGCCGAAGAUGAAGCGCAGGUGGAGGCCUUACUGCGAACCUUCACUUCUCCUCUAGAAUUUCUCAAUCCUCAUCU